AUGAAGGGGGCAUCUUUAAUCAGCACGGUUUUGCUACCCGUGCUAUCAGUUAAUGCGGUUUACACUUGGCCGUCCGAGUAUGAUCAACUAGAGGAUAUUCUUUAUCUUCAACAAGGUUAUAUACGUUUUGGCUUGAGAGAUGGUGUGACGCCGUGCGAUUUCUCAUCGUCAGGAGGUGGGCGCCAGUCAGCUGCGGAAUGGAUAAGAACUGCUUAUCAUGAUAUGGCUACCCAUGAUGUAGAGACUGGCCUUGGAGGACUCGAUGGUUCUAUAGCCUUUGAACUUGGCCGAGCAGAGAACCCUGGUGAUGCUUUUAAUGCUACCUUUGCAUUUACAGAAGACCUUCGCUCAAUUAAAGCUUCGUCGGCCGAUCUUCUUGCAAUGGCCGUUGUCGUUUCUUCAAUGGCUUGUGGCGGUCCAAUCAUUCCAUACAGAGGUGGACGAGUCGAUGCCAUGAAAGCUGGUGUUUCUGGCGUACCCGAACCUGAUCAGGAUUUGGCGACACACACUGCAAUCUUCGCAAAGCAAGGAUUCAACACUGCCGAGAUGAUAACCAUGGUGGCAUGCGGCCAUACUCUCGGAGGUGUUCAUGGAGUCGAUUUCCCCCAGAUUACUGGCGACGGCAGCGAAGAAAACUUUCCAAAAUUUGACAGCACCUACACCACGUUCGACAACACUAUUGUAACCGAGUAUUUGGAGAACAACUCGACCGACCCGCUUGUGAUCAGUCAAAAUGAUACCUUCAACUCCGAUAAGCGCAUUUUUGGUGCUGACAACAACAAAACGAUGACAUCUUUAGCAGAUCCAACGAAUUUCCAAACGCAAUGUUCUGACAUCUUCGCUCGAAUGAUCGAUACUGUUCCUGCAGACGUCACACUUUCUGAAGUCAUCACACCCAUUGAAGUGAAGCCAUGGGGAAUUUCUCUUUUCUUGGCUGGAAAUAACACUCUUUCCUUCGGAGGAUACAUCCGCGUUCGCACCACCAACCGCAACGCCGAUGAUGUGACCGUAUCUCUUCAAUACCGUGAUCGUAAGAACAACACUUCGACCACUACAAUUCCUGCCACUCGAGAACGUUACUUGUUGGGCCAGAGUUAUGGCUUCGCUUCAGAGGUCUUCACUUGGUAUGGAUUCAGCACUGUUCUUGAUGCUACAACCGGUAUCUCGUCUUUCGAUGUCAUCUUACAUACCGUCGGUGCAGCUGAUGAAAUCAUCACCAAUAACGGCGGGGGUUUCCCACUCUCAGACGCCAUUUUAUACCAACCGGCACAAUCCUGUCAGCCACAGGUAGCCGUCAAUGACGCAGGCCAAUGGAAUAUAACAGUUACUGCAGCCGUUCGUGCCGAUCGUAUCAGCGAACCUGUCGCCUUUGACUGGGUGUCUGAACGUGCCAUACCAGGAGUGAUGGUGAAAUCACUAGAAGUGCAACGUACAGCUAUGGAGAAGGCGAGUGAGGAAAUCGAUGGAUAUUAUUUAUUCAGCGGAACGAAGUCGAUCGAUAAUGUGCAAUGGUCUACCACGUUUGAUGUGGUAUUGGGAGAGGGAGAUGACGUAUCGAAAGUGGAGUUCCAGUCGACGUCGGCAAUGGCCACGAGCUGUAAGGCAUUUUCUUGA